AUGGGAGCUUGCUCGUGCACAGGCGCGUGCGUGGAGGUGGACUCGGAUACAGAGGCGGUGGCCAACCGAGGCUUUAAAAUGGGCUGCAUUUCGUGCAAGAGGAGGGGAGAGGUCAUGGCCACUGCCAGCGUCGCUUGGUUCUUCAAGGCCUCGCACGACGACGACUUCUCACACAUAUACAAUUUCGAGGACCAGAUUGGCUCCAUUUUGGACGAGCGCUUUGAGUCCCGCAUGGAGUGGCGCGGUAGCAUGUCCACGCUGGACCUGCAGGACGGUUCCAUCUACAUCCACAAUGUCACUUUCAAUGACACGGGCACGUACAGGUGCGUCUUCAGCCGCAUGCUCCUCUACAACGACUACACCUUCCACACCGUCAGCAGCAAGACCAUCAACUUGCGUGUGGUGCCCAAAAUGACGCGGGGGUGGGCGUCCAUUCUGUCGGAGGUGAUGAUGUACGUGUCUAUCGUUGGUCUGCAACUGUGGCUGCUGGUGGAGAUGAUCUACUGCUACAGGAAGAUCUCUGCUGCCGGCGAAGAGGCCUUGAGGGAGAACGCGGCCGAGUAUUUAGCCAUAGCGCCAGAAAACAAAGACAUCUGCGCAGCUGUACAGCUGGAAGAGUAA